AUGCAGUUUUCCAGCGGGAUGCUUGUCCCCUUUGGUCUUCUCCUUUGCGGAUAUGUUGUCUGGUUGGUGCUUGACAGGCUGUUCUGGAGCCCCCUUGCAAAAUUCCCAGGACCACGGCUCGCUGCACUGACUAACUGGUACGAAUUCUACUACGAUGUCAUUCUGCAGGGAAAAUUCACAGCACAUAUCCAGGAUCUGCACAAGCAAUAUGGACACAUUGUUCGUAUCACCCCAACCGAAUUGCAUGUUGACGACCCGGAGUUUUAUGAGCAACUCUACUCUCGAAAUGGGCGCAGAGACAAGUAUGCAUAUUUCUCCGGACGGUUUGGAUAUGCAAGUGAUACUUUUUCAACCGUCCACCAUGACCUGCAUCGCCUUCGACGCAAACCGCUAGGUCCUAUGUUCUCGACCCAAAAAAUUUCAGAAUUCCAGCCCGUGAUUAGAGCAAAGAUCGAGAAGCUUUGUCAAAAAUUGACCGAAUACCACGAUGGUAAAAUCGUUACCCUUAACAGGGCGUGGAUGGCCUUGACGACGGAUAUAAUCACCGAGUAUGCGUUCGCAAAAUCCUAUGACCAGCUAGAUUCACCCAAUUUUCGGGAUACUCUGCAUGAAUCUCUGGUGGCCAUCUAUGUCACUGGUCACUUUGCGCUUCAUUUUCCGAUCGUCUUCCCAGUCUUGGACGCACUGCCUGAGUGGCUCGUGUUGAAAAUGCAACCGGACCUCGUCUCAGUCGUCGGGAUGCGCAAGGAUCUAGCACGUCGAGUAAACGACAUCCGUAACGGAGUGAACGAUUCCCACAAGACCGUCAAGCAUCGUACUAUUUUCCACGAAGUGUUAAACAGUGAUCUUCCCGAGGGCCAGAAGACAGAUGCGCGAUUGGGAGACGAGGCACAACUUAUCGUGGCAGCCGGUCUUAUAACAACGUCGUGGGCAUUGACUGUGGCAAGUUUUCACAUUAUCAGUGACCGCGCGAUAUUGACGAAACUGCGGAGAGAAGUAAAUGAUGCUCAGUCGGGAUCCGACGAUCCCCUAGAUUGGCACGUCCUCGAACAACUCCCUUAUCUGAACGGUUGCGUCCGCGAAGCGAUUAGACUAGCACAUGGUAUAACUACUCGCAAUCCUCGCCUAGCACCCGAUUCAGAGCUGAAAUGCGGCGACUGGGUGAUCCCGCGAAAUACGCCAGUCUCCAUGACCAACGUCGACACCUUGAUGAACCCAACCAUCUUCCCUAACCCGGAGAAGUUCAUUCCAGAGCGAUGGAUCAAAGAUCCCAGCUUGGAUCGCUAUUUCGUAGCGUUUGGCAAAGGAUCACGACAGUGUAUGGGUAUAAAGUAUGAACCCCCGUUCUUGGUCUGUGAAUCGGUUGUAAUUUCCGGCUGA